CACCAAAGGAAAAAGAAAGUCAAAACUCCAAAUGGGACUUUAAUGACGGAGGAGCCCACGAUACCGGAUUGGAGUGCAUUGGAGGCUAAGGGGUUAGCCAGAGAUCCUGAGGUAACAGUUCAGUUUUCACUGUUUGUUUACUAAACCACCUAUGCAUGUGUGACCAGCCAAAGGAAGUCCAGGUGCCACUGUAGUAAACAAAGCCCAGACAAAGAGCAAGCUGAUUGGUGGAAUUCCAGAGCGUGGUGACUGUGACAAUGUCCUACGCCAUGGUCCGGCCGGCACCUAGCCGCUACCUGUACGCCGACAUCUCAAUGCUGUCUGAGGACGAGGAGAACGGCAGCGAGAGCUCCGGCUCUGACGACCGCUCGUUCCGCCUGGACGCCGGCGGCUACGACAUCAAGGUCGGGGGACGCAAGCGAAAGCCGGGCAGCGCCGGAGCGGGGCGCCUCGGAGGGGGUCCGCCUCCGCCGCCCCUCUCUCAGGACGGCUCGGUCUCACCGGGGAGCGGGCUGCCGCGGCAACGCAACGCCGCCAACGCGAGGGAGCGGGACCGCACCAACAGUGUCAACACGGCCUUCACCGCCCUGAGAACCCUCAUCCCCACGGAGCCGGCCGACAGGAAGCUGUCCAAGAUCGAGACACUGCGGCUGGCGUCCAGCUACAUAUCCCACCUGGGCAACGUGCUGCUGGUGGGCGAGACGUGCGGGGACGGGCAACCCUGCCACGGUGGAGCGCCAUCCACUGCCCACUACCUCCACCACCACGGCUCCCCGGCCCGGGACACAGAGAACUCCCAGCCCAAGCAGAUCUGCACCUUCUGCCUCAGCAACCAGAGGAAAAUGAGUAAAGACAGAGACAGAAAAACUGCUCUAAGAAGUUAAUAUCUGGAGGACGACAAGGGGAAGAAACGGACUUGAUGAGCACAGCAUGUGGGAGCAGAAGUGUGGACCAAAAACUUGACAUGCUUAAGGUGUACAUAAAUAUACAUCUGUAUUUAAUUAUAUUCAAAAAGAAAAACUAUUCAAAACUGAGAUGCUAAGUUCAAUUUGGGAAGCCGUAAUCAUUUUUGAAAUGGAAGAGAAUGUGGGACAUCUUGGAAAGUGGACGCAUGCCCUGACUUAAAGCAGAGAACCAGAAAAUACAUUUCUACUAGUCUAAAUAUCCUUCCCCACUUCUCCAAUCCAUGACCCCCCCCCAAGACAAGAAGAGAACACCAGAAAUGGGACUUAUCUUUUCUUAACCUUUUCGUCCACAUACAUACACUGAUAGGUUUAAACUUCAGAACCUCUGCACCACACACAGUCUGCAAGGACCAGGAUGAGCCACAGUGGAAAUAGAAGAGCUGCGUUACGAAAAGACUUAAAAAAGACAAACGCAUUCAAUACUGGAACUCACAGAGGACUGGAUUGGGCGACUUGACAGAGAGUGACCAAACCCAACACACAACACAGCUUUCACUCAAAACCUAACUGGGUUUUAAUUUCGUUGCAUUUCUACCCUAAAGGACAACUGCCUUUCUCAUGAAUAUCAGACAAACGGUUUGGGCUUAUACAAAUGUCAUUUGAUGUGUUUUA